GUAGAACCUACCUGAGACAUCCACCAUUCUUCAUCCAACGACGGCUGUGUGCAUGAGCGGACCGUGGUGUUCUCUCCAAACAAUCCAAUUGCACCAUCACUACCCCGCACCUUUUGGUUCCAAUUUGUUUGCUUCUGCGAAUAUCCUUUCAUGGCGGCGUCGCCCUUUCACCGCCCUUGAGUCUCACCAGAGUGGAAGGCGGGCAGUCCAAUUGAAGGCAACAGCCACUAACCCUGGUUCCACGUGAAAGGGAAGCCAUAGUUAACAAACAAACCAAAUUUGUUGAGUGAGUGUGAGUGUGAUUGUGACGACUUAAAAGUGAAUCAUGUCGUCCUCGGUGAGAAUAAAAGCACCAUCCAUCUUCAGGUCCUCCCUCGUCGCCUCCACUCAACGAGCCAUCCACAACCACAACCAUCGUCGACCUGUACCUGUUGCGAACUUCUGCUUCUUUCGUCGAUCAUUAUCAUCAUCAUCGUCGAAAUAUCUGUCCGAUAAGUCUGUCGAUUCCGUCAGCAUGUCUUCGACAGCAGCUCCAUCUGACAUCACCUUGGUGGCCGAGGAUACCAAGAAGGUGCAUUCAGUACUGGACUCCUCGUUCCCGGUGUACCUUCCCGCAGACCCGGCACUGUUCCUUCCUGAAGAUGAAUUCCAAGCUCAUCUCCAACGGACGCUGAUCAACGUUCGCAAGGCGGCUGUUAGUGACCUCAAAGACAAGCUCGACAACGUCGGAGAGGGCGAAACCUCGCCUGGUGCUCCGAAGAGCAAAGUCGACAUGGACGUCGAUGACAAACCGGUGGAGCCGUCGCCAUUCAUCGAGGCCCUGAAGAAGCACGAAGCGCACGUCAAGACCGAAGAGCAACUCCUCGCGGAGAACAAGACACUCACCGAGAACGCGGACGUGACGAACGUGUCGGCCAAGAAUCCUUUGGUCGACUUGUUCUACGAUCUAAGUCAGGGUACGACUGGCGAGCGGCUCGAGACGUUGCUGCAGAAUGCGUGGAACAUGGAUGCGCUGAUGACCUUGAAGAUCAUCUUCAAUUCGAGGAGCAUCCAUCUGGGAAAGAGCGACAAGUUUGUCGCUUACAAGGCGUUCGGUUGGCUCGCAGAGCAUCAUCCGGCGACGCUUUUGGCGAAUCUGAGGUGGCUGGUGCGGCCAGUCAUUGAGAAGAAGACGAAGAAAGCCAAGGCGAAAUCAGAGGAUGGGAAGGGAGAGACAGUGGACGAGGGCAAGACGGUAGCUCAAGAAGAGGAUGAUUUCGAGAUGGUGGACGCCGAGCAGGAUCCUGAGAAGACCUCGUUCGACGUGCAGUUCGGCGUAUCCCACGGGUAUUGGAAGGAUCUCUUGAACAUCCUCGCUCUGGCGGCGAACGACCAGCUCAGUUGCCACAGCAGACCGGAGUCACUCCUUAUCCAGGUGAACAACAAGUACGGAAGUUCGAAGCGCAAGCGCGAGUUCGACCCGCAGAAGGCCAAGGAGGUUCGUAAACAGGUCAUGCUCGAACGAUACCAGCGGGUGUUGAAGAAGCUCGAGACCGACGACUUCUACCGUUCCUUGCACCAACUCGUCGCUCGCCUCUUUGCGGAGCAGCUGCAGAUCGACGCGAUGAAUCUCAAGUCGAGCAAGAAGUCAGACCAGAAGAAAGUGUCACUCGCUGCCAAGUGGGCUCCAACCUUUGGUGAGUUUCACGACAAGCACACGUUUAUCCAGACUUCCAUUGCCGAGAUCAUGUUUCCCAAUCCCCAGGAGAUCUGCCCAGAUGCGACCAACCGCGAGCUGUACAUCCGGUAUGCGAGAGAAGCCUACCGCAAGACCAUCUCCUCUCCGCUCCGUAAGGCACUCGAGGUAGUUGAGCGAGACAUCGCUGCCAAUCGGUUCGAUCAGAUCAAGUACGACCGCGUUCCGUCUCUGGCGAUGGACCGCUACGUCUCGCUUUUCCUCAAUAAGGACACCGAGCAUUUCACGAAAUACAUCGACAAGGUCGCAGUAGGUGAGGCAAAGAUCUCCGGCGCAGUCCUUCUCCCGUCGACUCUCGUUGCCAAAGCCCGAGGGUUACCAUCGUCCCACGCACAGAAGAACCCGCACGAUCUUAAAGCCGCCAAAGCCGCCAUCUCUGCCGGCCAUAUUGGGAAGAUUCUCGAUGGCCAGUGGAACACGCUCGUUCAACGCAUUCGUGAUUCCGGCACCCUGGACAACUCUAUCGCCGUAUGCGACGUCAGUGGCAGCAUGGAGUACUCUCCCUUCCGUCCCUCCGACAAGACGACACCCAUGGACUCCUCCAUUGGGCUGUCACUCCUCCUUGCCGAGGUCACCGCACCUCCCUUCGGCGGCCAUUUCAUAACAUUCUCUGCCGAUCCACAGCUCGUCAGCGUAGGUGGCCCCAACGACACCCGUACAUUCGUCGACAAGGUCCACUACAUCCUCAACGCAUCGUGGGGCAUGAAUACUGACUUCGUCGCCGUCUUCGAGCGCCUGAUCCUACCUACCGCAAUCGCAAACAAGAUUCCGCAGGAACAAAUGGUCAAGCGUAUCUUCGUGUUCAGCGACAUGCAAUUCGAUUGCGCGUCCAUUCCCAACCGCUGGACGACGAGUUAUGAGAGGAUCAAGAAGAUGUUUGAAGAGGCCGGGUACGAGAUCCCAGAAUUGGUGUUCUGGAAUUUGGCGGCCGAGAAGACGGAUAAGCCGGUAACGUCUGAGGAUAAUGGAACGGCCUUGGUAUCGGGGUAUUCCCAGGGAAUGCUGAAGUCAUUCUUGGACGGCGCGGGUUUUGAGGGCGAAGAGGGCGAAGAGGUGGUGGAGGAGGUGGUGAAUGAGGAUGGGACUGUGGAGGUGAAGGUAAAGAAGCAGAAGGAGAAGAUGGAUCCGUUUACGGUUGUGAAAAAGGCUGUUUCGCAUAAGGCUUAUGACAUGCUGCAGGUGGUGGAUUGAGAGGUCUGGAUGAUCCUCUUGAGCGCUCGGCGAUGCUAAAAAGUUUGUUUUGUACCAAUAUUAGAUACCCCCACUCACAGAUGUUUUGAUAACGGCAAGAAUUUAUUUUCCACUCCUACCUUGGCUUCAAUAGAAGAAAGUGAAUGUUGGUGCUGCUUCAUUUACUUCAAAGCUUGGAAGCUCAGAAGGUAUGCUGUGACGAUACAAUGACUUUCAUUUCAA